AUGGCUGGUCCAGCUGGUCAGUCUAUUGGCCAACAGAUUCUCGAGGUCCAAGUCGCAGAGGCAAACGGGUCAAGAGAGCUGCACAGCAGCACUGUCUGUAUCUGGAAGGCGCCCAGAGCGGCAAGACGGCAACGUGUCCAUCUCGGCUGGAAUAGCAUUCUCUGUGUUGCUCCAACGUCAGUUGUCUGCAGCGACCUGCAACCUAAUCUGACGAGGGCAAAGCCUCGAAUCCCAUCAGAUGUGGACCCCGAGACCCAAAACACUGGAAUACGUCCAUCUGUCGACCUUCAAGUCCACUCCUGGAAGUACACCCGGGUCACGGGGCGCUUCUACACGGGGCCGAUGGAAGGUAUUCGUCCUGAGACUGUCCCAUCAAAGCCAGCACCCCGAAACAGGACCCAAUGA